AUGGAGACUUCCAGGGACUGGCUGAUGGUCUGUGUGCUGGCCGUGUCCUUGGCUUCCACGGUGACCCAGGACGUGUGCCGAGCACCAGAUGGGAAGGAUGGGGCUGCAGGAAUCCCUGGUCGACCUGGGCGACCAGGCCUUAAGGGGGAACGAGGGGAGCCAGGGGCUGCUGGUAUCCGGACGGGCAUCCGAGGCCUCAAAGGAGACCAGGGAGAUCCCGGAACCCCUGGAAAAGCUGGUAACAUGGGUUCCCCAGGCCCUAGUGGCCCCCUGGGGGCUUCUGGGCUCCCAGGACUGAAGGGCAUCAAGGGCAACCCAGGAAACCUCAAAGACCAGCCUCGACCAGCCUUCUCGGCAAUGAGGAAGAACCCUCCAAUGGGUGGCAAUGUGGUCAUCUUCGACACGGUCAUCACCAACCAGGAGGGCCCAUACAAGAACCACUCAGGCCGGUUCGUCUGUGCUAUACCUGGUUACUACUACUUCACCUUCCAGGUGGUCUCCAAGUGGGACAUCUGCCUGUUCAUUGUGUCCUCCACAAGAGCUCAGGUCCGGCGCUCCCUAGGCUUCUGUGACACCAACAGCAAGGGGCUCUUCCAGGUGGUCUCGGGGGGCACGGUGCUCCAGCUUCAGCAUGGGGACCAGGUCUGGAUUGAGAAAGACCCCGUCAAGGGCCGCAUUUACCAGGGCCCCGAGGCGGACAGCGUCUUCAGUGGCUUCCUCAUCUUCCCAUCCACCUGA